UAACCUCCAGUCAAUCGACCAUGACGGUUCCUAACCAUGAGCAGCACCAUGGGGCGCAACGCAAGCGUCCGAUGCAGUCAUCAGGCCCAGGCUUCAAGCACCAUAAAAAAUACCAGCAUCGCUCUAUUAAUACCAGCCCAGCGGUCACGGAGCUGCAACGCACUCGUCAGCGUCUCCCCAUCUACACGCACCGCAGCAAAAUCAUCGAGGCCGUCAAUGGCAAUCAAGUGGUGAUCCUCGUAGGCGAGACAGGAAGCGGUAAAACGACGCAGAUCCCGCAAUAUAUUUGGGAGAGUGACCGUGCUCAUGCGCGCGUAUCCAUCACGCAGCCACGUCGUGUCGCCGCCAUCACAGUGGCCCAGCGUGUGUGCGAAGAGGCCAACCGCGGCCCUCUGGGCGACGCGGUCGGUUACUGCGUCCGCUUCGACGACACGACGUCCAAGAACACGAGGCUUAAGUUCAUGACGGACGGUAUGCUAGUGCGUGAGGCGCUGCUGUCUCCCACGCUGGAGAGAUAUUCGGUGGUGGUGCUGGAUGAGGCUCACGAACGUACACUGCAGACGGAUAUUUUGUUCGGAAUCGUGAAGCGCGCUAUGCGCAAACGCUCAGAUUUGAAGGUGGUGGUCAUGUCGGCUACGUUGGAUGUUGCGUUAUUCAAGAGAUUCUUUCAGGAUUUCAAGCCGGCGGUGAUUCAGAUUCCAGGUCGUAUGUUCCAAGUAGACGUAUUCUACACGGCCAAGACUCAGCCGGAUUAUCUCGACUCGGCAUUGAUUGCCGUGCUGCAGAUUCACUUGGAGGAGAAGACGAGCAAUGGCAGUAUCCUGGUGUUCCUGACGGGUCAAGAAGACAUUGAAACACUGGAGACGCUGCUGGAAGAGUACGCUCGAUCACUACCCGCCGAUGCACUGAAGCUCAUGGUGUGUCCGAUUUUUGCUGCCAUGCCGCGUGAACAGCAGAUGAAGGUGUUCGAACCUGCACCUGCAGGAGUACGCAAGGUGAUUCUAGCCACGAAUAUUGCAGAGACUUCGAUCACUAUCAAUGGCGUCCGGUACGUCGUGGACACGGGACUUGUCAAGCAACGCUCGUUCGUUGCCUCGAGCGGUAUGGAAAUGCUGCAGACCGAGUCGGUGUCGAAGGCACAAGCCUGGCAGCGUACAGGUCGUGCUGGUCGAGAAGCUCCUGGUAUCUGCUACCGCUUGUUCCCGGAGGAGACGUUCGAGCAGCUUCCAGAGCGUGCGAUUCCUGACAUCCAACGCGUGAGCCUCGAGGUUGUGGUGCUGCAGCUGAAAACCAUGGGCAUUGAUGAUGUGCUGGGCUUUGAUUUUAUCGAAAAGCCCCUGAAAACGUCUCUGAUUAAAGCACUUGAGAAGCUGUACGCUCUGGGUGCGCUGGAUAACAAGGGUAAGCUGACCAAACUUGGUCGGCAAAUGGCUGGUCUUCCCGUGGAGCCAAUGUACGCUGUGAUGCUGUUAAAGGCGACGGAGUUGGGUUGUGCUGAAGAAGCUCUCAGUGUCGUGGCCAUGUUGUCUGUUGAAUCCAUAUUCUACUCUCCUCGCGACAAAAAGGCGGAGGCGGCGCAGUCUCGUGCGCGGUUCGUCGCGUACGAAGGAGACCAGAUCACACUGCUGAAUGUCUUCAACGGCUACAUUCAGUGCGGCGCGAAGCAGCGCAACAAGUGGUGCCGCGACCACUAUGUUAACCAUCGCGCUAUGACGCGCGUGGAGAGCGUGCGGUUGCAGCUCAAAGGUUACUUGGAGAAGCUGGAGCUGCCCAUUGACUCGAGUUUCCCGGACAUUGACCCAUUGCGCAAAAGCAUCGUGGCUGGUUUCUUCCUCAACACAGCCAUGCGCUCCGUCACCGAGGGUCUGGGUGGAUCUAAGACUGCGUACAAGACCAUGUGCGGCCGGUCGGAGAUCGUCAAAGUACACCCGUCGUCGUCGCUGUUCAUGCGCAAUCCGCCGCCCAAAUGGGUGGUCUAUAACGAGCUGGUGUUCACGAGUAAGCACUAUAUUCGGUCUGUGCUCGUGAUUGAGAAAGAGUGGCUCGUGGAGCUGGCUCCAACAUUCUUCGCCAAGAAGAACAGUAGCGAUAAAUAGACGAGAAGUAGACUCCAGCCCCUGCGGCACAUCGUCUACAACUUCAUAGAAAAUGUGCAACAUGCUUGAAGCCGUUGCUGUAGCUAUUUCUUCA